ACGAACGGGACAGCAGUUUUACGCCUUGCAAGAGACUCUUGCCAACCGCCAACAUAAAAGAAGAAGAGCAGACCCAGAUUUAAAACGCGCUGGGUGUGCCUCGGAGACUCACUAAUACUGUUUUUAGAAGUCAGAUUUAGCUGGAAACAGCAACAGUAUGAAGAACAUUUUAGGGAUUAUUCUGUUUCUACUACCAAUAUGCGGUGUGUUUAGUGCUGAAAUGAAUGUGUCAGUGUCAGUGAUGGCACAGAAUGUGACUCUUCACACUGAUAUUACUGAUAUAAUGGAAAUCACUCGAAUAAUUUGGAGGUUUGAAAAUACAUCAGAUUCCAUUGCUGAAUUCAAUGGAAGUAAUACCACCUAUCCCACUAAUGGCACUGAGAGAUUCAGAGGCAGACUGGUGCUGAACAGUCAGACUGGAUCUCUGACCAUCAUGAACAUCGCAACCGCAGACACUGGACUUUAUAAAGCAGAGAUCAACCACAAAUCUGGUUCUCCAGUGUGGUUCUUCAAUGUUACAGUCAUUGGGAUUAUUGAUGCUGAAAUGAAUCUGUCAGUGUCAGUGAUGGAGGGACAGACUGUGACUCUUCACACUGAUAUUAUUAAAAUAAAGAAUAUCACUCGAAUACUGUGGAGGUUUGGAAUGUUACGCAUUGCUGAAUUCGAUGGAAAAGAUAUCACCUUUCCCAACGAAGACACUGAGAAAUUCAGAGACAGACUAAAUAGGAAGAGUCAGAAUGGAUCUCUGAUCAUCAUGAACAUCAAAACCAUACACACUGGUCUUUAUAAAGCAGAGAUCAACCACGAUCAUGGGUCUGUUGAGUGGUUAUUCAAUGUUACUGUCAAUGGUUCAGGUUUAUCUCCAGGUGCUGCAGCAGGAAUAUCUGUCAUCGUUCUUCUGCUGGUGUUUGCAGGAGCAGCUGCUUUUGUGUUUUACCAUCGCCACAAACUUCUUCCUAAAACGGAAAUGCAUCAAGCAGAGUUCUCUGAUCAACAAAGUCUGACGUAUGAGGCGAAGAUAGUGUCUGUGAAGGAGAGAGGAUCUGUUACUCUAAAGCCUGAUGCUGUAAUUCAGAGAGAGGAUCAGAUACUGUGGACGUUUGGACCGCAAGAGACUCUUAUUGCAGAAGUCAAUGGAAAUACCAGAGAGAUCUCCACAGAUGAUGGUGCUGAUGGGAGAUUCAGAGACAGACUGAGGCUGGACUCUAAGACUGGAUCAGUAACAAUAACAAACACAGCAAGUGAACAUGUUGGAGUCUAUAAACUGAAGAUCAUCAGCAGCACCGGGACCUCAUACCAAACAUUCAUUCUUACUCUCAUACAGGAUGUAAAAUCAGUGACAGAGGGAAGUUCUGUCACUUUAAGCCCUGACGCUGAAAUACAGAAUGAUGAUCUGAUCCUGUGGAUGUUUGGAGAAGGAGACAGUCUCAUAGCCCAAAUGGCAAACAUCAGAAAGACCAGAGAGACGUUUGACGGCCCUGAUGCAAGAUUUAAAGACAGGCUGAAACUCGACAAGAAGACUGGAUCUCUGACCAUCACAAACGUCAAAAACAAUCACGCAGGACUGUACAAACUACAGAUCAGCAACAGCAGCAGGGCAACCACCAACAAGACCUUCAAAGUGCAGGUUAAAAUCAACAAUGUGUCAGUGACGGAGGGAGAUCAUGUGACGCUAAAGGUUCAUGUUGAAAUUGGUAAAAAAGAUCAGAUACAGUGGCUGUGCGGAGAAGAAAACGCUCUUAUAGCUGAAAUCAAGGAAGGGGACAGGGGUAUCUUUACAUAUGAUAAAGCUGAUGGGAGAUUCAAAGGCAGACUGAUGUUGAAUGACCAGACUGGAUCUCUGACCAUCAAGAACACCAGACCUGAACACAAUGGACUUUAUACACUACUGAUCAACAGCAGCAAAGGGCGCUGCUACAAACGCUUCUUAAUUUUUGUCAGAGCGAGUAUGAUAUUAGGAAAGGAGGGAAACAACGUCACUCUGAAUGUUCUUGCUGAAUUGCGAAAAGAUGAUCUGAUCCUGUGGAUGUUUGGAGACAAAGACAACCUUAUAGCUCAAAUGAAUGGAGAAACCACAGAGAGCACAUUUACUGAAGCCGACGAGAGAUUCAGAGACAAACUGCUGCUGGACAAGAUGACUGGAUCUCUGACCAUCAGUGACAUCACAAGCGAACACUCCGGAGCUUAUAAACUACACAUCGUCAGCAGCAGGAGGACCUUUUACAGGAGAUUCAGAGUUUUUGUGUGUGGUGAGACUGAUCCAAACACUGUAUCUGUGAUGGCGGGAGAAAGCUUAAUUUUGAUCACUAAUUUUAAUGUAGAGCGAGAUGACAAGUUGCAGUGGACAUUUGAAGGUGUGAUUCUAGCUUCUGGAAUGAACGGAGACGUCAGUAAGACUUCAUACAAGAAUGAUGAGAGAUUCAGAGGCAGACUGGAGCUGCACCAUCAAACCGCAUCUCUGACUGUGAAAAACACCAGAAGCAGCGACACUGGAGUUUAUCAGCUGAGGAUCUGCAAUGGACGAGAGAAGAACAUUUGCAUGGAUGUCAAUGUUACCGUUUCUGAUGCCACCAGAAACCGACCAAAUGAAUCAGCAGUUAAAAUGACGCCGUUGCCGAAUGGAGCGGUUUCUCAAAGAAUGAAGGAACAAGGAACAAGCUCAGUUUAAAGAGAUGAGACAGCCACUAGUGUGAAGGUUUAGCAUCUUUAAUGGGCCUAUAGAAACUGGCCAAUGAAAUAACCCAUGUGGUGUUAAGCAGUUUAUUACAUUUUGGAUCAAAUUUGGAUCAAAUAACUUCUGCUGUUGAUUAUUAAUCAUUUUAUUCGAAAUCUCUCAACAUAAACAAACAAUGGGCUCCAUUUAAACAAUCCAAACAUGCUCUAAAGCACACAGCGCACUUAGAGUAUUUUUUAAUCCACUUUUGCUAUUUUAAGAAUGGGAAAAAUGGUUGGUGUGCCCAGCGCAUUGUCUAAAACAGUUGUCCUAAUUCUCUUAUGCCGAGUUCAGACUGCGUGGUUUUAGCCAUGAUAUUUUAUUCGGCGACAGGUUGAGAAAAAUUGCAGACAAAUGCCUAAAACCAGUGCAAAUCUGUGCUCUUUCACGUGAGUAACAGUCACACAGUGUUAACUAUCAAAGACACGAUCUGAAAGAACUGCUGAUGAGUCACUGACACCCGUAAGAUAGUUGGCGAUUCAAAACCCUGCCGUGUGAAAUUGUUCUGAUUAAAAAUAACAUUGGCGAUUACCUACAGCCCAUGAGAGAGCAGAAUCCACUAGUAUGGGUAUCUGCAGGCCAGUUGGAAGUUGGUGGCACUUAUUUAAGUUAAAAGCACUUAUUUUGGUCUAUUUGGACCCAAGAAGUGGAGGUAAAACUAGUGGAAAUUUGGCAGGAGCACCCGUGUUUGUUUGACGUGUCGUCUGAGCAACUCCACAACCAGGUCGAAAAAAGUUUGAGACAUUGCUAAUUCCCUUCUAAACCCAGGUGAGCAAAAUAAGUACAUUUUCUACCCUACUAAAGGCUUCUUUCUCAUUAUGUAGUUAAUUACAAAAGGUAUACUACAUGACCUUGUGUUGUUUCCAUGUGACUUCUUGCGUGUUUGGUUGUGAGAUGUAGUUUGAGGACAGAGACAAAGUUGUCGGCGAUUCUCCUAUUGUAAAGUCAUGCAAUGUGAACGCUCCUGUCGCCAAUCCAUCUUACAGUGUAAACACAGCAGCGAUGGAAUGCUACCCCAGAUAGUCAUGCAGUGUGAAAACAUCUGUGACGCGACUGCUUAAAAAAAUUGUGCAGUCUGAACUCUGCAUUAUGGCUGAGUUUUAUCCGUAGCAUGCCUUAUAAUGACCAUGUGUGUAAUAAAUCGUUUAUGUAGUGAUAUGAACAUGCAUAUUACUAACACGCUCAAUUGAUAAAGUAAAAAAAAAAAUACAUACACCAUUGGCUUUAGACCAGCUUUUAGUUGGUCAAUAGCUACAUUUCCAUGCACCUUUUUUUAUGUGCGCUUUGGAUAUGCGCAUAAAGUUUGAUGGAAAUACCAAGAUGCUCUUAAAUUUUGAAAAUGCGCAUAACUGAGUAGGAUAAACUUUUUAUUCGAUAAGAAAAGAUGUACUUGAACUACGAUAGUAACACUUUUCCCAAACAAAUUACAGUAUGCCCAUUAAAAUGUGUGCGAAUGGACAAACCAGCAGGCUGAGCACACUGUAAAACAUUUGAAAGGUUGUUUUGGUCAUUCUAAAAUGCCUUAACCGUCUCAGUAUUAGUUAAUUAAUAAUUAUGUUAUUAAUGACCUCCAGAAUUAAGAAUGUCUGUGCUCCGCGUCUCACACCUUCGAAUGCCACCGUGCGUUCACUGCAUGUCAGGAUCGCCUUCUGAGACGCAAGUCAUUGAAUGAAUUUUAAAGAAAAGAUUCAAGCAGCUUCUCCUACUGCAGCAAAUUCUGUUUUUACUGUUGAUAUUUGGUGCCAGAUAAUCAGGAAGUGAUGAUUUUGUUCUCUUUGACUCAUUGGACGGAAAUGCUGCUUUUGUUUGCAGGUCUUUUAUGCGAUAAUCCAGUUUUGUUCAUAAAGUUAAUUCACAUUUUGGAUGGAAACAUAGCUAAUGGCGAUAUUUCUGUUGACUCAAAAUAGUCCAGAUUGUGGAAAUGAUAGUCCAGGGCCCAGUUUUUCAAAAACAUUCAAUCUGGAUCAAAUUGGUCCAGAUUUGGAAAUGUCAUGUUUUGCUAUCCAGGAUUAACUGAUCUAUCUUUUACUACAGUUUUUUAAAAAGAUAAUUGGGUUGGUUGGAUCACUGUGAUCCAAAUACCAAAUUUCAGGAUUACCAAAUCCGGUUUACCAGAGCCUUAAAUACAACCAACAGCUUAACAAAGAACAACAGGUAGGCAAAAUACCAGUGUCCACAAACAGCCAUUGAUUGUUUUAAAUGGUAAGGAACAGAAACACUGCAAUAAACAAAAAUUUGACAUGUUUUAGUUUGUUCUAAUACAAUACUGCUUUGAUAUUUUUUUGUUGUCGUUUACCAGAUCUCAUUAGAAGUGCCAUGCUUCAUAUAGGUUUCAAAUAUGAAGGAAUUUAUAUAUGAUCAGUAACCAUUAAAUUUGUGAUCAUUCACUUAAAAAAAAACUAAUUUUUAAUCUACUAAAUCUAUCAAAAAAAAAAAAAAACUGAAUCCACAAUUCUGAUGGGAUCAGGAUAAUCCUGUUAUUUUGGAUCCAAUAGAUCCAAAUCUGAGUUUUGAAUAACCCAAAGUGCUGGUUUAAUCCAAAUCAAAUGCAAGAUUGGAGUACAUGGUCUGUUCUUAACUUAAAAUUCCUCUGUUACUUUUGAAAAACCCAUUUCCAAGAUUUGAUUGACUGCAUCUGAAACUGCCUACUACCCAGUACGUACUGCAUUUUAAUUUAAAAGUACUACUCGACUGUUAGAAAAGUACGUUCUAUACAGUAUGAAUGGAACUCAGACGUACUACAUCCGCCAUUUUGUCAUGAUCACGUGACCUACCCACGUCCCUACUGAAAAAAACAGCUUAAACCAACCUAAGCUGGAUGGCUGGUUUUAGCUGGUCGACCAGCCUGGUUUUAGAAUCAGAAUCAGAAUCAGAAAGAGCUUUAUUGCCAGGUAUGUUCACACAUACUAGGAAUUUGUUUUCGUGACAGAGUUUCUACAGUGCAACAGCAUUACAGAGACAGGACAAAAAACAGAUA